GUAGUGGUAGUGGUAGUGGUAGUGGUGGUGGCUAUGGUGGCGGCAUUGUGCGCGAUGGAAGGGGUGAACGUCGGCUCAGUGAACGCAAAGAGCUCGAGCCGGUACGACGUUCUACGCGAGACGCUACCCAAGUGACGCGACACCGAAAACGUUUUCGUGACGCCAGAUAGUGAGCGAUGGCGAGAAACGGCUCUCAGUAAGAGAUCUCGCUGCAACGGAGCGAUAUUAGCAUCUGUGCGAGUGCAUGUGCGUACGUGAGCGUCGCGUCGGUUCUCUUCGUCGCGCGUGUUUGUACAUCCGUUCGCGGUUCUUCGGCGACCGUUCGAGUCCCCUCGGCUCGUCCGGCGACACGGCCGAGCAACGCGAGUGUUUGUAUGUGUCUAUAUUAUAAUAUUAUAUAUAUGUAUGCGUGCCCGUCUCUGCUCGCGCGCGCGCGGACACCGGCGUGAAGUUAGUGGUGAGAGUUGUGCGUCGUUGUAUCCGCUCGUUUUUUCCUCAGCGCGAACGGAGUGAAUGUGUCUGCCGUUCCCCUCUACGCCUGCCAAUGUGGAUACGUAAAUAAUAAAGUGCGUUCGGCUUUUGCCGCCUUCUUCGUUCGCGGUUCUCCUCUUCUUCGUGCUUCUUUUCGUCCUUCGUUCGACGGGGGAGCGAGAGAAAAAAGGAGUAAGUGAGAGAGACAAAGAGAGAGAGAGCGAGAUACGUAUAGGAUUACCAUCGCGCAUGGGACAAAGGAUAUACACGCACGCGCACGCACACGCAACGUACACGCGUCCAUGUGUGUGCACGCGACAUACGGGACUCAACGGUGGCGGCGCGGUGGCCCCGCAGGAUUAUUUAUCGACCUGCACAAGGUUGAUGCAAGCGUUUCCGUGGGAAUUAUCUUGAUAGCCGCAAUUGCAGACUGAAAAUGCAGAACUGAUCGGAAGCACGUCGUUCAGCCGAAGCGCGGUUCCAUCGGGAGAUCGAAGGGAAGAACCGCACGCUAGGCUGACGCCAGGCCGACCGGGAGUAUCCCCGACAUGGCUUAACUCGCGACAAGCGGAAGACAGGUGGAGAGAGGAGUGUCGGGAAUGCACGGAUGAUCGCCGAGAUUCGCCUACAACGUCGAAAGUAAUCACGAAUGGUGUCGAGUGGGGUGUUCGUGAUCGCGUCGAGGGGGAGGGGUAGGAGUGGCUGUGAUCGUAGUGUCGUGUCUCGGGAAUUAGUGCGUCGUCGGAGUGUCUAGGAGUGGUGGAUAGAGGUAUCGCGGGGUUGCACGAGUAAGAAUUAACGACAGAAGCAAGUGAAAAAGCGGUGAAAAGAGCUCAAGGUGGAUAGGAAGGAGGACGCAGGGGGACGAGAAAAGAGAGAUUCGGCCGGAUAUAUCGCGAAUUACGUCGAGCUAGAGUAGCCGCGAGAGAGUGAGUGAUGUGUUCGAUGGACGAGGCGCGUCUCGCGGGCGGUGGUCGGGGUAAUGAUAACGCGUGUAGUCGCGCACGCUACGAUUGCUACUCGGGAUCCAAAGUGAGAAAAGGCGGGCAGUCGGUGACCAGGCUGGCGGGCGCCGGGGAAACGUUUCCAAGGGCAUGGCGACCACGCCACUAGGCGGUCGCCUCCCUAACGUAAACCGCAAAGGACCAUCUCCGUGCGUCGGUGGUGGUGGUGCUAGUAGUAGUAGCAGUAGUAAUAGUAGCGGUGGCGGUAACGGCAACCCCAGUAACGGUAGCAGCAGCAACAGCAACAGCAACAACAACAACAACGGCUUGGGCAACAACAGCGCCGGUGGUCAAUCGAAGAGACAGGAGAGAGCGCUGAUCGGCAGGGAACACCGCGAUCAUCGUCACCAUCAUCAUCACCAUCAUCAUCACCAUCAUCACCACCAUCAUCAUCAUCAGGGUCGAGACAAGUCAUCCUCGUCGUCGUCAUCAUUAUCGUCGUCGUCGUUGUCGUCGUCAUCGUCGGGCCAGCAGCGCGAGCCUAAUAAAGCAAGCACAGUGGCUGCUAACGCCGGUGAACUGGAUCCGGCCGCGACGAAUGCGACCAAUAACUUUGAGUACGACGACAACGAAUGGGACAUCGGCAUAGGUGACCUGAUAAUCGAUCUUGAUGCGGACAUUGAGAAGACGAGGGACGAGAAAUUGAGCUCGGGGACAGGCAUGGCUUCUACGCCUGCCUCGGCAGCAUCGGCACCGAAUAACGCGAAUCAUCAUCAGUUACAAAACUCAACGAGCCUCAACUCCUCCAACUCCUCGUCCGUCCCGUCGGCUGGCGCGAACGCCAGCGGCCAAUCUUCGUCGUCCACUUCGUCGUCGUUGUCGUCGUCCUCCUCGUCGUCUUCAUCGUCGUCGUCAACGUCCUCCUCGUGCGGCGUCAACUCGUCGGCGCGCUCCAACAGUCCCGGUAGCGGUAACGCCGGCGCGAACGGCGCCGGGAACGCGAACGGUACCGGCAACGCGAACGGCACCGCGUCAUCCGUGGUCACCGGCCCCGGUAACAAGCAAGCGUCGGGCGUCAACGUGAGCGGCGUAAACGCCGUCCACGGUAACGCCGGAAAUCCCGGCAAGAUGGCCGUUGAACACUCGGCCACCGUCGACAAGGGCCUCAAGAUGAAGAUCAAACGCACCAAGCCCGGCACCAAGACGAGCGAGGCCAAACACGAGAUCGUCAAGUCCAACGAGAUCAACGGCACCGCCUCGUCCCAGGACUCGAACAACGGCACCGCCGCCUCCUCGACGUCCUCGUCCUCGAUCGCCGGCUCGGCCUCCGCGUCGGCCGCGAUCGCCCAGAACUCGCAGAACUCGGAAUGCGGCGCGGCCGGCGGCGGCGGCCAGUCGUCCUCCUCCAACAAGUCCAAGCCGAGUCACUCGCCGGCGUCGGCCGCCGGCGCCGGGGGCGCCGCGCCCUCGUCCACCGCCGGAUCCAAACGCGGCUCGAGCGGUCAUCGGCGCGACAAGGCGCGAGACAAGCACGACAAGCCGCAGAGCAAUCACACGCCUCAGCAGAUCAAGCCGGAGAUGAACGGCACCGCGCGACCGACGCCCCAAGGCCAGAACUCGGCCGGCGGCGCGACGCAGUCUCAGGGCCCGACCCCGGCCGCCACGGCGCCGCAACAGACCCAGGGACCACCGCCCAGCUCGAGGACGGGUUUCUCCGUGUCCCAGGGCCCCGGCCCGCCCGCGACCAGCGCGGCGGCGCCCUGUCCGCCCCCGAGUCCGGCGAGCGCGACGGCGACCGGCGCGGCGGCCAAGCCGGAACAGACCAAGGUCGCCGCGGUCCCGGGCCCGCCGCUCACCACGCCCGCCGAGGAGGCCAUGGACACUGCCGCCAGUCCUCCGGCGAAGAAGAUGAAGACGGAACCGAAGGACAUGUCCGACAUGUGCGUUGGGACCAGUGUGGGGACCAUUACCGAGCCAGAAUGUUUGGGACCCUGUGAGCCCGGCACUUCCGUUACCCUCGAGGGCAUCGUUUGGCACGAGACCGAAGGAGGUGUACUAGUGGUAAACGUUACGUGGCGAGGUAAAACGUACGUAGGGACGUUGCUGGACUGUACGCGUCACGAUUGGGCGCCACCACGUUUCUGCGACUCGCCGACGAGCGACCUGGACGCUCGUACGCCCAAGGGACGCGGUAAGCGCGGUCGCGCCGCGGCCAACUCUACGCCCGGUAACGACCUGAGCAACUUCACGGAGACGAGGAGUUCCGUGCACAGUAAACUGCGCAACGGCGGCAAGGGUCGUCGGGGCGCGCAAGGUUCGCCCGCGGCCAGUCCGAGUCCAGCGGCGUUCGUGCCGCCGCGACCGGAUCCGGCAGCGAAGCGGAAGUCACGCGGACCAGAAGAAGAGCAGGACAAGAACAAACGCCGGGCGCCGCCGCCCACGCCGCCUAGUGGUUCGCCACCCGCCAGUCCGGUUUUGCUCGAAUGCCCCGAGCCGAACUGCAGUAAAAAGUACAAACACAUCAACGGACUCAAGUAUCAUCAGAGCCACGCGCAUGGUUCUGCCGAUGACGAAGAUACCAAGGAGGGUAUCACCAGCAUGUCGGAGAACGACGAGAGUAACAUCGAGGCACCGAGUCCAGCUACGCCAGUGAAGUCGCCGGCGGAUAAGCCCGAGGGUACGCCGGUGAGAACGACGAGUCCACCGGCGACAGGACUGCCCCCGGAAACGCCGCCGCCGCCACCGAGGGUGCCGUCGCCCAGUAUAGUAGAAGCACCUACGCCUGUACUCGCGGAUAAAAAUAUCGUGAAGCCCGGCGUGUUAAGGUUCGGUCAGGAUGACUUGCCAGCUCCUACUUCCACAGCACCCUCGUCGAGAGUGCAGCAACAGUCAGUGCAGCAGCAGCAACAGAGUCAAUCGUCGUUAGGCUCAUCAAAUCCGCCCCAGAGCCCUAGCCCACAUCCCAGUCAAUCUCCUAGGCCUGUGCCUUCACCGCAUCCAAGCACGAACAUUCCCCAGCCUCUCAACAUACCGCAACCACCACAGCCAUCUCAGAUGCAGCAGGCGCAUCAAUCGCAGAAUCCGCUUCUGCAGCAGGCGCAGCAGACGUUGCAACAGGUCAGUCAACCGCCGCAACAACAGUUGCAGUCUGGCGUUGGCAGUCAGCAGCAACAACAAUUGCAGUCAUCGGUUCAGCAACAGUUACCGCCGGCGCAUCAAUUACAAUCGGUGUCGCAUCCUCCUCUGUCAGCUCAAUUGGGUCAACCCGCGCAGGCUCAUGUUGUACAGUCGGCUGGGUUGCAGCAGCAACAACAACAGGCUAGUUUACAAAGUAUAGCCAGUCAGCAUCCAGGUCUGCAGAAUCUGACGACUCAGGUAUCGCAGCAAGCGGCGGGUCUACAAACGGCACCGCCACCGCCAGGUCAUCCGGGUCAAGGCGUACAGUCGCAUUUGCAGCAGUACCCGUUACACGCGGCAAAGAUGCCACAGUUCAAAGUAAAACCUACGGCGGCGCUGAUGCCAGAACAAGACAAAAGCAAGACGAGCACCGAUGCGCGUGUUUCCAAACCGCAGGGCUACAAGAAGAAAUCACGAAAAUCGCCUGGCGGUAGUCCACAUCCGUCGCCGCUCGAAGCGCCGAUUGUUGAUUCGACGCGCGAUGACGUACAGAGUCCGGCCUACUCGGACAUAUCGGAUGACGCGGCGCCGGUACUCGAGGCCGAACCGGCAGACAAGUCCAAGCAAAGCCAAGAGAAGGACAACAAAGCCACGGCACCGGCGCAUUUACCUGCUCACUUCAGUAUGUAUCCGUACUAUGGUCAACCACCUUAUUUGAUGCCUAGCGUACCGGAUAGUAAACCGGUGGUAGACCAGAAGCCGAGCGACCUUACGCCCAAGCAGGAGAUCAAACCGCUCAAUAUACCACAGAUGCCUUCGAUGGCGAGUUUACAAAGCGUCGUGUCGGAAAAGGAGAAGAAGGAGUUGAGCCAACCGGUUCCACAGCCGCAACAGCAGCCACAUUAUUACGGUGCUUAUGGCGGUUACAUGCCGGGUUAUCCUUACCAGCCGCCACAACCAGUCUCGCAGCAACAGCAACAGCAGCAGCAGCAGAGUCAGCAGUCACAGGACCAGGAGCCGCAUGAGCAGAAAAUCAAGAUCAAGCAGGAACCACAACCACAACCGAGCCUAAAGGACAAGCAACAUGAAAAUCAUCAAAUACUCAAAGAGAGUAUCGAGAUGAAGAAUCAAAUGAGUCCAUAUCACGUCUAUCAUGGUUCACAGAGUCAAAGAGCGGCACCACCGCCACCUCCACCAGGUCCCGUUCAGGACGAUAGGAGGUAUUAUCUGUAUCCGGGUGAGCAAAGAAGGAAAGAGGAAUCGAGCAAACAGAGUCAACAGGCAAAGGCGCCACCGCCAAGCCCGAAGCACCAGCCGAAGCAAGAGAAACCACAGGAUCUCGGCAAGAAUGAAGACUCUAAGAGUAAGCAGGAAGGUGUAAAACCAACGAUGGAAACCCAGGGACCGCCGCCACCGCCUACCUCGCAGUUCACUUACAUCCAUCCCGGUGCUUACAUGCCAAGCCCGCAGCAUUAUGGCGCGCUGCCAUUCGAUCCGGGUCAUCCGGUAUAUCGCGGCCUUGGUCCUAUGUUGGUACCUGGUCCUUAUUCAAGUAAUCCCUACCUUCACCAAUUACCCAGGUAUCAUGCACCAGAAGAUCUCAGUCGACCGCCUGGCGGUAAGGCGCUAGACCUGCUUCAACAUCACGCUAGUCAGUAUUACUCACAAGCGCAUAAGAUACACGAGCUGCAAGAACGCGCGCUCAAGUCACCGACACCCAAAACGUCCGCGGCGUCGGCCAGUCCAUCUUCGGCAGGUCCGACACCCGCCCGACCUCCCAGUGGUCCGCCUACGUCAGUCGCAGGCCCGGGCCCUCCGCCAGGCCAAGGCCAGCAACCGUCCGGCAAGCAACAGGGUCAGCCGGGUAAUCAGCAACAACAGCAGGGUGCAGUGGAUGCUAGUAAUCUCGGCAAAGACAAUAGGUCGCCACCGCCACAACGGCACGUGCACACGCAUCAUCACACUCAUGUGGGCUUGGGCUAUCCCCUAUUGACAGGACAGUAUCCCGCUCCCUACGGAGCGGCAGUGCUGGCGAGUCAGCAGGCCGCCGCGGUAGCCGCCUCGGUGAUCUCGCCAUUCCCGCCCAAGUGACCCGCGGCCCCCGCCCCCGUCUUAUCCGGCGGAAGCGCCGGGGGCAGCUCCGCCACACAGGCCCAUCACACACAUCCGGCGGCGGCGAACGGUGCGCCUGGUGAGGGACACCCGCACGGCACCGCCGCCAGCAGGCAACCGUAGGAGGCAUGAUGGACACGAGCGAGCAAUGUAGCCGAUGCGACUGAGCGGGGUGCCGUGUGUAUGUUCCACGCGCUGCGUUAUUGGCCGAAUUAGCGCCUAGGUGUAGCCAAGUAAAGAAGGUGAUGAUGGCCGGAUCAGGAUCAAGAUGUAGCAAAGAGGCUCUCUGUGUCGUCCGCGUUUCCCCUGCGACGUCGGUCAGGACUGAAAUCUUGAAAGAGCUAGUUGAGAUGUUAGAACAACGAUGACUGAUAUGACAAGAUGGAUUCUAUUGUUCUUCUCUUCAACAACGGCGCAAGUACUAGGGACUGAAGAAUAAGUGGACGGAGCGGACUAGAUGUUAGAACAAUGACAAUGAUGAACGUAGCCAGUAGAAGAUGGACGUCUAUGGUGUUCCUCCUUGUGCUGUGUGUUAUUCACUUUCUCGAUGACGUUAAUUGAGAAUUUAGAAUCAUGAUAUGGAUGUCUUAAAUGGUAUUAUCCAUGUUCACAAACUAGAGAUUUUUAGAUAUGUUAAUCGGGUGUUAAAACUGUGAAUCAUGAUUAUCGGACGAUUAAAAGACGUUUAGACGAAAUCAAGACUCGUGGGUCAUCUAAUAGAAAAUCGCGACUUUCCAAAUUAGGUGCAAACAUGAAAACUAACACAUACAAACUAACACUAAAAGAAUGAUAAGAGACUGAACUCGAUUUGACGCACAAAUACAAUGUCCAUUCUCAGACAGAAUUAUAACGGCGAUCCAGCUGUUGAACUGAUCGUGGUAGGUUCGACGAGAGACGAUCGUUAGCGAGCAAUCCUUUGGUGUAUCGAACUAUCGGAUCGAUGCUCGCGUAGAAUGAGAGGAUGAGUUUUCUCCUUGCGCGUUUUAUUCCAGCGCCGAACGAUGCCCCCAUGUCCCGCUGGAUUCGCGAUCUUCGUGCAGCUCGUUGAAACCAGCCCGCUAAAAUAUCCUUGUCCGUGUACAUAGUGUAUAUCUUAAAAAUACGCGCCACGUAGUGUACAGACGCCUACGGCUAAUGUAAGGAUAAGGAUCGGAGGCUCGAUCUUAUUCCAAAGGUCGAGGCCUCUGAUAGAUUUCGAGAAGAACGACCUAUCUCGCGAGAUGAGCGUUCUCGAACGGGAUCGAACGAGAGUUGCCUUGUUUCGGUGUAGACUGAGCUCGCUCAGUGCCACCCAAGUUGCGCUGACUCCUCGUUGACGUCUGUCUGAUCCUGGUACAAGCUCGAUCUUUUCUUUGCUUUCUAGUGCCUAUAGUCUUAGAUGGAUACUCUGUCUAGAUAAGACGGUAGUUCGGAAAGAAAACGGAGAGAUGCCGAUCCAGCAAAUAUUGACUGACAAGUAGAGGACAUUCGCGUAGCUGGCAUCCGAAGUUAAUAGAAUAGAUAAAGAAGAGUCUAGUCCGUACCGGGACAAGGUGUGAGACCAUAGAUGACAACGGUCGCGAGGAGCCAGACAUCUCAUUAGACUGAAACACGCGAGGACGGACGGUACUGUCUUCGCGUUCACGGGGCCGUGCUGGCACGACAACAAAAAAUGACGGAAAGCGCGGCUCCGCCCCUGACUCUCAAAUUCGAGGCGAUGUGAUGGAGUUUUUAUCGAGCGUAGAAACUUAGGAGCGAGCAAGCGAGCGCAAGCGUAUGUGUGCGUGCGUGUAAAAGGAGAGAAAUAAAAUAUAGCACUCGUAUGUAGGAUACACGAGACGAAAGAGAGUAGCGAAUCGCGUGAGUCGACUGCCUUGUACAAGCAUAAUGUGUGCGUGCGCGUUUCCGCGAUGUACGGUAAAUCCGUGUCAAUGUAUUUUAUUGUAAAGAAAUGAGAAAAAGGAUUGUAAGAAUUAUAUAUGCGAGCGCAAAUUUCGAUUUUUGUAGAGAAAUUGUAUAACUUGCUGAAAAAAAAAAACUAAACUAUCUCUUAGGGGAACAGAGACUCCAUGAUUUGUGCGACCGAUCACUAAUGCCGAUAAAACGACCAGAGAACUCGUCUUUACUUAGACGAGCGUGGUUAAUAAAAGCGUGUCGAGAACAAGACAAGAAAGAUAAAACAGAGAGACGACAUGUGUAAUGCGAUGAUUCUAAAUAAUUAAGUGGCGUUAAGUGACUGUAAAUUUGAUGCUAGAACGCUAUUUGUUUACUAAGAUAAUGGUAGCCAGCGAUGUGUGCAAAAAUUAGGGAAAAAAAGGGAGUGAGAGGCGGAGAGGGGGGCACGAUCCAAAGAAUGGAUAAAUAAAAAGAGCGAGACGUACAAUUACGUAUGCGCAUAUGCGACUAUAUAUAUAUGUAUGUAUAAACUACAUAAUAUUUGUUCAGUAACGACUAUCG